GUACGGGCUUCACAUGAAAGAGAACGGGAACGAGUAGAAAAGACAAAAUGGUGGUCUGUCAGUGCUUCUCUUGUUGGUGCCAUCAUAGGAAUCGUUGGAGCAACUAUAGGAAACGAAUUACGAAUGCGACGAAUAAGGGAUAUGCUUCCGAUUGGUGGCGCGCAAAUGAGUGAAAUGGCUCGACUUUUAGGAGAGCAGAAUGCGAAGGUCACGGGUUUCAUCACAGAGAUGCGCGACGUUUUGAAACUUGAUCAACUUCGUAUUGAGAAGUCAGACCCCUCGAAAUUUGAAAAUGUCAGUGCAGAGAAGGUAAAUAACAAGAUGCUUAUGAAAGUGUUUCAGGCGAUCGCAGCUAUCCGGGAAGAUAAUGCUCGUCUAUCCACACAGAUGGAAGAACUGGCUAGACUGGCUCGGAUAGAAGUCAGUCUCGAUUCCGAUCCAAACGCUGUGGUCUACGUUGGCAGUGAUAUGGAACGAUUACUAGACCAAACCGAAAAGAAUAUCGAAUCAAAGAUGAAACUGCAAACUUUACUAUCUGUUGUUGCGCUCUAUGCAGCCAUAGGUGUAGCAGUUCCCUUAGUGUACGCUGCUUUUAGGGGAGGAUAA